GCAGUGUUGGGUUUCUCUGUCCUGGAUCUCCUGCUGCGAUUAACAUCUGAAGAGAAGAGAAGACAAACUUAUUUUAAAAAUAAGAAAGGGGAGGACAGGACAAUUUUUUUAGAUUUCAGUGCGGGUGGCUGAUCCAGUUACCUUCUUUAAAAAAGAUUUCCACCUGACUCCAGGUCAGCCGUCAGGAGGGGACGUCUCUGUCAUCUGCAGGGAAUCCUCCUAUACCUGAGCUGCUGGGUGUGGUCUCUGUCUCUGGACUCCUCCUCCAACCCUCUUCGGACCCGGGUCUUGGUGUUGGCGUGCCUUGUCAGCGAUGGCAGGAUCUGGUGUUGCUCUGCGGCUGCAUGAAUUCAGAGAGCUUGAGGACUGCAGACAGCCAGAUGACUUAAAAUCGUCUCGUCUGGGGAGAGAUGUACGUGGAUUGUAUCCAGGACAGCUGGGUAGAGUCCAUAUUGUCCACUCAAAGGAUUGUGGCUACAGUGUUCCCGGUGGACCCUCUCGGUCCCUCCGCGAGUCCCCUGACCCUCCGUGUGGAAACUACCAGCAGAGUUUUGACGUCCGCACCCUGAGAGCGCUGUCUGUCCUCCGUCAGUGCCCGGCUGUCCCGGAACAGCGCCCCCCUCAGACGGCCUACCAGGAGCACUUUCAGUCUCCUCUCUUUCCGCGGUAGUUCAGCACCAUGUGCUGUCAAUGACAGAUGAGGAUGGAAACGGGCUGUGAAUGAACCUUCCCCAGUGGGUCUGGUGUCAACCUGGCUAGCUAAAAUUAACUUUUUUUAAAGAAAUAAAAGACAGUUCAGAGGAGGUUCAAGCUCAAAAAGGGUUCUCAUGUGUCAUGUCUUGUCUGACUUCCUGUCGCCUCCUUCGUGAUCGUGCGCCCGGCCCUGACCUGUCUCACCUGUUCAUCCUCUACCUCUUUAUUUUAGUCUGGUGUUCUCGUGUUUCAUCUGUCUGGCUCUCAGUGUGUCUUCCUAUUGUUUAAUUUCCUCCAGUGUAUUUGUAUUUUCUUUUGUUGCCUGCUAGUUUCUUUGUUGUCUUUUAUUUGGAUUCAGAUUUUUGUCAUUAA